AUGUCUGCAGCGCAGAAUAUCCCCACCCCAAAUGGCCGAAGACCGUCCGUGUCCGCCUCGGACCCGCCUAACCACAUCCCCAUCCCCGCCAACACCCGCGGCAUGCACCCAUCCUCGUUCGGUCCCGCCUCCCCACUCCAGACCCUUGGUACCUCCCCUCACCAUGCCUACUCGACAUCGCCCAAGCAGGGCUCACCUUUCUCGCAACGGGCCAGAUCGGCAUCGGGUGCGAUGCCCGCUAUUGCGAGGCAACUGACGGCAUUCCUCCCUGCCGACUAUCCUUUGAGGGAGGAGGAGAGCGAGCGGCCCAACACGCCUUCAAAGAGGCAGGGCAAGACCAGGAUGCUGUUGUUGGAGAAUAUCAAUUUGGAUGCUGCCGAGUUCUUGAAGAAGUCGGGCUACGAAGUCGACCAUGUCGUCAAGGCUUGGUCGGAGGAAGAGCUCAUCAAGGGCUUGACCAAGUACGAUGCUGUUGGUAUCCGAAGCAAGACCAAAAUUACCGCUCGGGUCAUUGACGCGAACCCCCAACUCCGCGCCAUCGGCUGCUUCUGUAUCGGCACGAACCAAGUCGACCUCGUCCAUGCCGCCAAGCACGGUAUCGCGGUCUUCAACUCCCCCUUCUCCAACUCCCGCUCGGUCGCCGAGCUCGUCAUUGGCGAAAUCAUCUCCCUCUCCCGUCAGCUCCUGGACCGCAGCUCCGAGAUGCGGCAAGGGAUCUGGAACAAGGUGUCCAAGGGAUGCUGGGAGAUCCGAGGCAAAACCCUCGGUAUCGUCGGGUAUGGGCACAUUGGGUCUCAACUCUCGGUCCUCGCCGAGGCAUUCGGUAUGACCGUCAUCUACUUUGACGUCAUCCCCAUCAUGCCCCUCGGUUCGGCACGGCAGGUCGAGACGCUCGAGGAGCUGCUCGGGCGGGCGGACUUUGUCACACUCCACGUACCCGAAAUCCCGGAUACUAUCGGGAUGAUGGGCGCGGAGCAAUUCGCAGCGAUGAAGACGGGCGCGUACUUCCUCAACAAUGCCCGAGGCAAGGUCGUCGACCUUGACGCGCUCGCUACCGCGCUCGAAGAGAAACGGAUCGCCGGUGCGGCCGUCGACGUCUUCCCCAAAGAGCCCGGAUCCAACGGUCCCGGAUUCGACGAUACCCUCGGCGGCUUCAUCCCUCGGCUUCGGAAAGUCCCCAACCUCAUCCUCACCCCGCAUAUCGGGGGAUCAACCGAAGAGGCCCAGCGCGCCAUCGGCUCCGAGGUCUCGCUCGCCCUCUCCCGGUAUAUCCAAUACGGCACGUCUAUCGGGUCGGUCAACUUCCCAGAGGUCGACUUGCGCGCCAUCACCACGGCGGACGAACGCCAUAUUCGCUUGUGCUACCUGCACAGGAAUGAGCCGGGUGUGCUGCGUGCCAUCAACAAUAUCCUGGCGGAUCACAAUAUUGAGAAGCAAUUCUCCGACUCGAGGGGCGAUAUUGCGUACCUCAUGGCGGAUAUUUCGGGUGUUGGGCAGGAGGAGGUGUCAGAGUUGUACAAGCGGAUCGGCGCGACCCAGGCGAAUAUCCUUACGAGGCUGCUAUUCGCAAAGUGGCGAGCGGAUUGA